AUGAUGGAAGAGCUGUCUCCUGAGCCUCGCUACAGGCUGGUUGGUGCUCACAUAAGAAGACAGUCAAUAUGGCAUAUCGCAAUAGUUCUUGUCGUUAUCUGGGUGGCGCAGAAUUACAUUCGAACGUGGAAGCGUCUGCGACACAUUCCUAGUGCGCAUAUCACUGCACCAUUCUCCUACUACUGGCUAGGUCGUACCACCUACAGCGGUCGUCAAUACUGGGUCCUUCGCGAUCUCCACGCUAAACAUGGCCCGCUUGUGCGCAUCGGGCCCAACGAAGUCCUCACUGACGACCCCAACGUCCUGCGCACUGUCUCGUCCACGCGGAGCAAUUACGCUCGCAGCGACUGGUAUCACGCCGGCCGCUUCAAUCCGUAUCGUGACAACUUGUUUACGAUUAUUGACCCAGGAGCGCACAAGAAGGCGAAAGCCAGAUCUAUGGCGGCGUACAACGGGCGUGAUACUGGUGGCCUUGAAGGCAUAAUCGAUGAGCAGGUCAAGAUCUUCGUAGACGUUAUUCGAAAUCGCUACGUGGUAGCUUCGCCAGGAAACGGUCAGCCGCUGCUGGAUCUGGUGGCCAUCACGUCCUAUUUCACCAUGGAUGUCAUCACACGGAUGGGGUUUGGCAAAGCAGUUGGCUAUCUCGAAGACGAAAAGGAUCACUACGACUUCCUUGGAACUGUGGAUGAGCUCUGGCCGAGAAUUUCGACGGUGGCUGAUGUACCUUGGAUUCGCAAGUUUUUGUUCUCGCCUUUUGUACUCAAGUUCGUGGGGCCAAAAACCAGUGAUACGAAGGGCUUUGGAGCGCUCAUGGGUUUCGCAGCUGAAUGGGUCGGUCGUCGCUUUUCAGCACCUGAUGGUGGACACAAGGACUUUCUGGCCUCACUUAUGGCUAAGGGCUUCACAGAGGAAGAGUGCCAAUCCGAAGGCCUAUUCCUCCUGCUAGCUGGGAGUGAGAGCACCGCCAACGCCAUGCGUUCUAUCCUGGUACAUACCAUGAGCUCACCUACGGUAUACAAUCGCCUCGUCGCCGAGAUUCAGAACGCGGUACGCGCGGAGAACGUCUCAUACCCUAUAACCUUGGAUCAGGCACGGAGAUUGCCAUAUCUGCAGGCAAUCAUCUACGAAGGCCUCCGUAUGCGCCCACCCAUCCUAGGUCUUUUUCCUAAAAUCGUACCCCUGGACGAAUCACCCAUCUUUCACGAGAAAUUGCUACCCCCAGGCACCGCUGUAUGCAUGAACAUGUCAUCCAUGCUGCAGUCAACGGCUUUGUUCGGCGCCGAUGCCGACGUAUUCCGUCCAGAGCGCUUCACGGAGGCAGACGAAGAGACACGCAGGCAGAUGGAGCUAGACGUUGAGAUGGUGUUUGGUUAUGGGGGCUGGAUGUUUCGCUUGUUCGACCUACAGCUAGUGAAGCCGUUUGAGCCGUGCGACAACAUCGGUUACGGCGUGUUUAUGGAUAAAGGGUUGAAGGUAAGGGUAUCGGCAAAGAUGUGA